UCCGCUCCGGGCAGAGCCCCUCAGGUGGGCGCGAACCUCGCCUGGUACUGCUCUUCCGCCUGACAUCAAGUCUGGCCCACACACGCCUGGCCACGGGGGCGCCUGUAUAAAAGACGCGCCCAGCAGGGGCUGGAAGCGACUGUAGACUUCGGCUAGACGAGGAUGGAGUGACCUGUGGCGGCCCUGGCCACGCAGACCCAGCUCGACGCUCCUCGCCCGCUCGCUCAGCAGAGCCGAGCCCUGCACUGCCGCUCCAGGAAAGGGCACGCAGCUCAGGAAGCCGCCAUGGACCGCGACGGCCCCGCAGGCAGCCCCCUGAUCGCUAGGAACGAGACCGCGCCCGCGGUUGCAGCCACCCGCGACUCGAGCCCGGGCCGGGCAGGGGCAGGACCGGCGGGCCCCGGCGGCGGUGCGCGCCUGGGGGGCGGGCGGCCGGCAGCAGCGAACGCUGCGCGGGAGCGAAGCCGCGUGCAGACUCUGCGGCACGCCUUCCUAGAGCUGCAGCGCACGCUGCCGUCGGUGCCGCCGGACACCAAGCUGUCCAAGCUGGACGUGCUGCUGCUGGCCACUACCUACAUUGCCCACCUCACCCGCAGCUUGCAGGACGACGCCGAGGCGCCGGCAGACCCCGGGCUGGGCGCCCUGCGCGGCGACGGCUACCUACACCCUGUCAAGAAAUGGCCCAUGCGAUCAAGAUUAUACAUUGGUGCUACUGGUCAGUUUCUGAAGCAUUCUGUGUCUGGAGAAAGAGCAAAUCAUGGCAGUACUACAACAGACUCACAGCCUUAGGCUCUCCUCUGAUGGGUGCUGGUAGAAAGUGGCAUCAUUUUUAAAUAGUAGGAAAUAAUUCUAUAUUUAUUACUUCAGACAUAACAAACAUCAUUCCUGAAAGUUUACAUGUGAAUCCAUGGUUGGAAGUUCAGAUUUAUCUGUCUAAUCUAUAUAAAUGUGGAUUUAAAUAA